UCGGUCACUGAUAAUAGUUCUUGUUCGGAUUCCGAGGAGAUCUCUAAUCUGCGAUCGAGCUGAAGCCGAAGCUUAUUCCUCUGUCCACGACCACCAUGGCUAGCGCAGCACCACCAAAAACAUCCUGGGCCGACGACGUCGACGAGCUCGAGCAGCCCGCCACUAAGUCGGAGGACUACGUCGACGAGAAUGGGAUCCGUACAACGGUCGAGUACACCGUAAAUGACGAUGGGAAGAAGGUCAAGAUUACCCGCAAGAUCAAGCGGGUACUCCAUAAGGCGGUCGUCGACCAUACAGUCGCUGAGCGGCAAAAUUGGACGAAGUUUGGACAGGAGAAGGGCAACAAGGCGGGUCCUGACCGGGCAACAACCGCGGUCGGUGAGAACGUUUACCUGAAGCUGAGCGCGGGCAACAAGUCUUCCGAACCCGAGCCCAGCGCGGAACAAGCCGUGAAAGCCAACCUCGUACGCGCUGGAGCGGGCAAGGUCGUCUGUCGUCUCUGCAAAGGCGACCACUUCACCGCCAAGUGUCCCUACAAAGACUCGCUCCCGGGGCUCGACGGCGCGGACGCGCCUCUCGGCGGGGGCGACGACACGGGCACGCCCGCGGAGCCCGCCGCGGCGCCGACUACCGGGGGCAAGUACGUCCCGCCGUCGAUGCGCGGCGCGCGGGGGCCCGGUGAGUCGAUGGGCCGGCCGGGCGGGUCACGCGACGACCUUCCGACGCUCCGCGUAACGAACAUCUCGGAGGACACGCAGGAGAACGACCUACGGGACUUGUUCGGCGCGUUUGGCCGCGUCGCGCGCGUAUAUGUGGGCCGCGACCGCGAGACAGGCGCGGGCAAGGGCUUUGCGUUCGUCAGCUUUGAGGAGAAGUCGGUCGCGCAGAAGGCGAUGGAGAAGAUGCAUGGGAGGGGGUAUGAUAACCUCAUCCUCAACAUUCAGUGGUCUCAACCGAGGGAGCAGCGGUGAUCUCCAUGCUGUUGUAUUGUACUG